ACAUCCACACACACACACACACACACACCUACAUCCACACACACACACACACUCUCUCUCUCUCUCUUGCGUGACGACAAAGGCAGAGGUGGCGUGCUGUGGUUGUUGUCACCGAUCAACGCAACACCUUCCGGUGUUGUGUGAACCAUGGCAAGCAUUCCACAGCCACCGCGCUCUGCCGUCUUGGACGUGUAUGCCAACAAUGACCUCGACUUCAAGGCGAAGAAGUUCAUUGUGAACCCGCGCACGUCGUCGUCCAUGGACCAGGUCAUUGACGCGCUCACCGAGAGCAUGGCCAUCGUGGGCGGCGUGCGGCGCCUGUACAACGUCAGCAGCGGCGAUCGUGUGCGGGAGGUGGACGAGCUGUACGACAUCAAGUCCAUCGUGGUAACGGGAAAGGAGCGGCUCAACAGGCGCCUCUUGCGCGCCAUCUUUCGCAAGCAAGCGGCCAUGGCAGCCAACGGCACUACCGGCACUGACGUUCCCGUUCGUGAAUAUCUUCGCCGAACCAGGCGCAAGGACAGCAAGUCAUUUCCCGGUGCGCGGCUGCCACAGAAACGGACAAAGUACGCCGGACGUCCUGGCCCGCGCGUUCACGAUUCACAAGCGCUCGAUCGCAAGGGGUAUCUGCGACAACGCUUCGAAGGAAACCCAUACACCGUGCUACCGCCAGUGUCUGCGCCGUCUGUCGGCCGCCAGCUGUCGUCGCUUACGGAGACGCGCGAGAAGCCCGUGGACGGGGAGGACACGCGCAGGAACAGAAGCUUUCCUGAGGACUCGACCGCACACAAGCGGCAGCAGCAGCUGAAGGAACAGCAACAGCAACAACACGAGGAGAUGCAGGGAAAGGGGAAACCGCACGAACAACAGCAACAGCAACGCCAAUCACAGCAACAACAACAGGUUGAACCACCACCACCACCACAACAACAACAACAACAACAGAACAAUGGCCCAGCAUCAUCCCCUCCACAGCACCUCAACGACCACGCAAACGAAGACCAAUACGUACACAGCAACAGUCACCACCAUCCCCAACAUCACCACCACCAGCAAGAGAAGUCGCCACAGAUGCUGUCACCUGGCGCCAUAUCCAACCGUGUCGACUAUCUGCUUGCUCAGGUCUCGCAGGUUGAACGCAGGGCCGCACUCGAACGCCGCAGGCAGCAGGCCUCCAUCAAGCACAAGAUGACGCGGAAACUGCAUGGUGGCGACGAAUUGCUGCAUGUGUACGAGACGCAGCGCGAGCAGCACGAGCGUGCACUCGACACGGAGAAGGCGAGACAGGAGGCAAUACUCAAGGAAAAACUCAAGAACAAGCCCACGGCACUCGUGCGUGAACGGAUACCAGACAGCCUGAAGGAGGAGGGCGAUGUGUCUGCACCGACACACGCGAGCAAUGAUGCAGCCGCACCCAAUGGCACAGCCGCGACUACCGCUCAGGCUGCAAAUGACACCACGAAGAGCAAGGGCGCGAAGACAGCGACCAAGGCAUCGCAACAGCAGCAACCAGCAACGGCCACCACCAAGCACAACGGCGGCGGCGGUGGUAGUGGUGAUGGUGAUGGUGAUGAUGGUGGUGGUGUGAAUGCCUCGACACAGCAGACGCAGCGGCAGUCAAAGCUUCCAACGAUGGGUGCGCGGCGAGCCGUUGGUGUUGGUGCUGGUGGGAAGAAGACGAACAACAACAACAGCAACAACAACAACAACAGGUACCAACUGCAGCACCAGCGUAAGCAACGCAUGCUCAAGGAAAAGAAGAAGCAACAGAAGGAACAGAGGGGGCGAAAAGAGGAGAGGGUACAGCAACACCGACAACAACAUGAACAGCAGCAAGACCAACAACAUGGACGUGAACAACAACAACAGCAGCAGCAGCAGCAGCAGCAACAGCAGGCUGUGGAUGCAUCUGGUGAUGCUACGAUUGGUGACGCCGCGCCAACUCGUGACAGCAGCGAUGAUGACACGCACGGCAAUGCCGCAAAGGGGGAGGCAGGGGUGCCACACACACGACCGGAAGGCACGGACAAGCCGAAUGACACACAAAAGGCGCGACAAGGGCAGUCACAGCAACAGCAGGCAGCAACACAAGGGCAGCAGCAAGGCGACGCCACAGCGUCCACUGGUGCUGUGACGAAGAGCCGACGGCCAUCAACACCGGCGCCAGCGGAAGUUGCAGUCGCUCUCCCCCAACAACAGCAAACACCGGAGGAGAAGGAGCAGGGAGGGGGCAGGACAAAGAAGAGGGGGAGGAACAAGCCGCCCGCACUGCAAGAGGAGCAAGGGCAUACAGCUGAUGACGCUAAUGGUCACCAGCCCGAGCUGGAGCGUGUUGUUGAAGAAGAACAAGAAGAGCAAGGAGAGGCGGAAGUGAGCAGUCCGGUUUCGCCCAAGGGAGCAAACGCGCCGUUGCGCAAUGAGAAGGCGACUGCAAAGAAGGGCAAGGGCAAGCAGUCGGGGCAGGCACCAGCACCACAAGCAGCCGCAGCAGCGGCGGCGGCACCAAAGCCGGCGAAGAAGAAGAAGAAGAGCCCGCGCAAACACCAGGACCAACAGCAGGACCAGCGGCGGUCAAAGGAGCCGGGGGUGGAUGGUGCGCAAGCUGCAGCACCAUCGUCUCCAUCGCCCGCAUCGUCGCCACAGCGCCACAAGCACAAGCCGCGACGCAGGUCGAAGGAGGUGCAGCACUCACCGGACGGGCAGCGCAGGGGCAGGCCGAAGCCAACGGCGACAAAGACACCGAAGAAACAGACGCGCCGCGCACGCGUGUCCACGCCAGACCUGCACGUCUCCAAGUCUAUGCUGCAGCGAUUCCAGUCUGAGGCAGCGUGCAAGAUCCAGGCGGCGUACCGCGGGUACCGCACGCGCAAGACGAUCAAGUGGAAGCCGCGAUCCCUGCAGCGCAAAGCAGAGGAGAAGAAGGAGAAGGAGCGAAGGGCGCAGGAAGAGAAGGAAAAACGGGCAGCCAAGCGUGGCCGCCGCCGCAAACGCUCGUCUGUGCCAGCCGUCUUUGUUGCGUCGGACCACGGCCUUGUUGAUCAGGCGUAUGUCGAUGAGCGCUUUGAGGUGUAUGAAAAGCUGGGCGACGGCAACUUUGCAGACGUGUACCGCUGUUGCGAGCGCAAGACGGGGACGGCAUAUGCGCUCAAGAUUGUGUACAAGAACCGGCUGGUGGGCAAGCGGGAGCGGCUCAUGAUUGAGAACGAGGUGAAGAUCAUGCGCGAGAUUAACCACCCGCACAUCAUCAAGUUGUACGAUGUGCUGGAGACGGAGGACCGCAUAUUCCUCGUGCUUGAGCUCGUGCACGGCGGCGACCUGUUUGAUCGCAUUGUCGAGCGUGGCCGCUUCACAGAAGCCGACGCGCAGCAGCUUGUGCGCCACCUGACACAGGCGGUUGCGUACCUGCACUCGCACCGCAUUGUGCACCGCGACCUCAAACCGGAGAACAUCCUCGUUGCGCAGGACGAGUUUGGGCGCGACGUCCUUAAGCUCGGCGACUUUGGCCUCUCCAUGCGCGUGGAGGAAAAGAUCUACACCAUCUGCGGCACCCCCACUUACGUUGCACCAGAGAUUAUCAGCGAGGAUGCUGUGGGGUAUGGGCUUGAGGUGGACACGUGGGCGAUUGGCGUGAUCAUGUACAUUAUGCUGUGCGGGUUCCCGCCGUUUGCGUCGGCCACGAAGAACCAAAAAGAGUUGUUUGAUCGCAUCCGGCGCGGUGCCUUCAGCUUCCCCGACCCUUACUGGAGCGACGUGUCUGCAGAGGCCAAGGCGCUCAUCCGAAACCUUUUGCGCGUGGACCCGCAGAGCAGGCUGACGCCCAAGCAGAUAUUGCGGCAUCGGUGGCUGCAGCGGCGACCGAGCACGGCUGCCAUCUGCGUGCACGACCGGCACGUGCCUGUUGUUGAGGAGCUGCUGAAGCACUUCCCGCAGAAGAAGCGGUGGUCGGACGCGGUGACGAAGAUGCGCUCCACGGCGGCGUCCCAGGACCACAGCCGCGUUGCCUCCGCCAAUGCAUGA